CUUGACAAUAGUAAGAACUAUCGCAAAAGGUAAUAUCCAGUUAAAUUUUCAGUGAUACCUCUCAUUUGAAAAGUAAGGUUUGCUGAAAGCCUGGUAAGACCGGUUCGCUGCGACGCGUAUAUAAUGGCCCACGUGCGUGUAGCCAUAAGCCGUUUUUUCUGCCCGAAAGCCGGCAUUUUGAAGUUGCCCCUUAUUCCGUUGAGUUGCAGUUUUGCGACAGCCGCCGGAAAAAUGGGCCUUCCUAAGGUGUUUUUCGAAGUCACUGCCAAUGGCGAGCCACUGGGACGGAUAGUAAUUGAGCUGCGAUCGGAUGUGGCCCCGAAGACCGCCGAAAACUUCCGUGCUCUUUGCACUGGAGAGAAGGGCUUUGGCUACAGCGGCAGCACCUUCCACCGCGUCAUCCCCAACUUCAUGUGCCAAGGAGGAGACUUCACGAAUCACAACGGCACCGGUGGCAAGUCAAUCUAUGGCGAGAAGUUCGAGGAUGAAAACUUUGUCCUGAAGCACUCUGGACCGGGUAUUCUCUCCAUGGCCAAUGCUGGCCCCAACACUAAUGGCUCGCAGUUUUUCCUUACGACUGUGAGGACCCCUUGGCUCGACGGCAAGCAUGUGGUCUUCGGCUCUGUUGUUGAAGGCAUGGAAGUCGUCAAGAAGAUGGAGAACUUAGGUACCCAGAGCGGCAAGACUACCAAGAAGCUGGUUAUUCAGAGCUGUGGUCAGCUUUGCUAAGUUACCAUGUAUUAGAUCAGCAGCACUCGCUUCCAUGCUCCUUUGCAACACUCCAGCCACUUUUCCUUUAUCCCUUACAUCAAAUAGGCAUUGGUUAUUUGCCUUGCCCCAAAUUUCACGACUAUUGGUAUUAAUUUGAUGUGGUUGCUUGUGUGUUGUACACACUGUGUUGUCAAUAAAAUUCAUUUCCACCACACA